CAUUGAAAAGGUUUGGCGGGGUGGAGGCCAAAUAUUUGCAGUAGUAGUAGAAAAAACAGAGGCGCACAUAGACCAAGAGGAACAACAGCAGGGAGAUGUGCACGAGCUUCUCAAGGGAUUUGAGGGAGUACUGGGCGAGCCUAAGGGACUACCCCCACAUCGGGAGUUCGAUCAUCGCAUACCACUGAUCAAUGAGCAGCAUGUCAUAUACGUUCAUCCUUAUAGGUACGUGCACUUUCAGAAAACCGAGAUCGAACGGCAAGCGGCCGAAAUGCUUGAGUCAGGACUAAUCCAGCAUAGCAAGAGUCCGUUUUCCUCUCCAGUCCUGUUAGCUAAAAAGAAAGAUGGCACAUGGAGGUUCUGUACUGACUACCGAGCUCUGAACGCCGCAACUAUCAAGGACCGAUUUCCUAUCCAUAGUGUCGACGACUUGCUUGAUGAGUUAGCUGGGUCACGCUAUUUCUCAAAGCUCGACCUAAGAGCUGGUUACCAUCAGAUUCGACUCCACAAGGCCGAUAUUCCAAAGACAGCAUUGUUG